ACUACAACCACACUCAACCAACGCCUGUACCUUUCUCUGAACUUGCUCUGCUCAGUUUCAUCUGCUUCAAUACAUAAAGAUAUGUCGAGUGCCUGGCUUGUUGCGGCCUCUGUGCUUGUCGUAGGCGGCUUCCUCUAUAUUAGCUCUGGCAAGAAACGCCGCCCCACACAGCAUGAUCUUGAUCCUACACUGAAGAAGAAUCAAGUGCGUAUCACCACGGCCAAGAAGGCAUUCAGGCGCGAGGAUAUUGACCCAGAAUUCCUCGCCCGCCUUGAAAGACGUGAUAUUGUCGAAAUACCCAUGGGACAACCAUUUCCAUCUGCCGCAGCGGAGCCGACAACAGCGCAGCAGGACAAACAGAAUGACUGGCUUCCAGAUAGUCUGCAGAAGCCCAAGAAGACUUGUUUCAUGCCUGUCACACGUCUCAAAGGUCGCACAGCUUUCUUCUUAAGCACGAAGCUGCUUUUCGAUGCUCUUUCAAAAAGUCUCGAAAAGAUGCACCUCCUGAAUCUCCUGUGUAAACAUGCCUUGUCUUCCGGCGAAGCUGACAUUCA